GCUCAUCAGUCGGCCUUCUUGGCCGCCAAACUCAUAACUGUUUAUGCAUCUUUUGGGUUUGUCAGAGAUGCUCGGAAAGUAUUUGAUGCGGUCCAAGUUGAAGGUCUUGAAAAUCUGCUUUUGUGGAAUUCAAUUCUUAGAGCCAAUGUCUCUCAUGGGUAUUAUGAUUAUGCACUUAAACUUUAUGCUAAGAUGCGAAAGCUUGGAUUUUGGCCUGAUGGGUUCACUUUUCCUCUUAUAAGGGCUUGUUCGAAUGGGCUCACCCCCACUCUGUGCAAGAUUGUUCACUGUCAUGCUUUGCAAAUGGGUUUCCAGAAUAAUCUUCAUGUUGUGAAUGAACUGUUGAAUAUGUAUGGGAAGCUUGGGCAAAUGGUUGAUUCCUCCCAAUUAUUUGAUAGAAUGGUUGUCAAAAGCCAAGUUUCAUGGAAUAUGAUGGUUUCUGGUUAUGCUUCGAACCAUGAUCCUCGUGGUGCUUGUAAGACCUUUAAGCAAAUGGAGUUGGAGGGAUUUCAACCAAAUUCUGUGACAUGGACAUCACUGUUGUCAAGCCAUGCUAGAUGUGGCCUUUAUGAUGAAACACUGAGGUUGUUUAAGGCAUUGAAUAUGAGGGGAACUGAAAUCAGUGCUGAAGCCCUAGCUGUAGUCUUAUCCGUGGGUGCUGAUAUGGGUUCAAUUGACAGGAGCAAAGAACUACAUAGCUAUAUUGUAAAGGGUGGAUAUGAAAAUUAUUUGUUUGUGAAAAAUGCAUUGAUAGGCGCUUAUGGGAAGCAUGAGCUUCUCGAUGCACAUAAGCUAUUUUCUGAAAUAACGAGCAAGAAUAUAGUAAGUUGGAAUGCUUUGAUAUCAUCAUAUGCUGAAUGUGGAUUAUGUGAUGAGGCACUGUCAGUAUUUUUGCAGCUGGAGAAGUCAGAUGGUCAUCCUCCAGUUAGACCUAAUGUCAUAAGUUGGGGUGCUGUUAUUGGUGGUUUUGCUUCAAAAGGGCGUAUUGAGGAAUCCCUUGAGCUUUUUAGAAGAAUGCAGCAGGCCAAAGUAAUGGCCAAUUGUGUGACAAUCUCCAGCAUUUUAUCAGCUUGUGCAGAGUUAGCAGCUCUGAACCUUGGCAGGGAAAUCCAUGGUUAUGCUGUUAGGGUUCUGAUGGAUGAUAAUAUUUUGGUAGUAAAUGGCUUGAUUAAUAUGUAUAUGAAGUGUGGGGGUUUCGAGGAAGGGCAUUUGGUGUUCGAUAACAUGAAGGGUAGAGACUUAGUCUCUUGGAAUUCAUUAAUUGGUGGCUUUGGUAUGCAUGGGCUUGGCGAGAAUGCAUUAAGAACUUUUGAUGAGAUGAUUAAGUCUGGAAUCAAGCCAGACAAUGUCACUUUUGUUGUUGUUCUUUCUGCAUGCAGUCAUGCAGGACUUGUCGAGGAGGGCCGCAAGCUUUUUGACAGGAUGGUUAAAGAAUUUAAAGUUGAACCUCUGAUAGAGCACUAUGCAUGUAUGGUUGAUCUUCUUGGCCGUGCUGGACUUUUGCGAGAGGCAAGUGAUAUCGUUAGAAGCAUGCCAAUAGAGCCUAAUGAGUGUAUUUGGGGAGCUCUUCUAAAUGCAUGCAGAAUGCACAGGGAUAUAGACAUUGCAGAAGACGCGGAAUCAUAUAUUCUGAGUCUGAAUUCAGAAGUAACUGGAAGUUACAUGCUGCUGUCAAAUAUUUAUGCUGCAAGUGGAAGAUGGGAGGAUUCUGCUAGGGUUAGGAUCUCAGUGAAGUCAAGGGGCUUGAAGAAAUUUCCUGGUCAGAGUUUGAUAGAGGUGAAAAAGAAAGUUUACACAUUCUCAGCAGGGAAUGUUGUCCAGUCUGGACUGGAAGAAGUUUAUAGGAUGCUCGAGGAAUUGGCACUUCAAAUGGAGAGUGAAAUUUGCGCAUCCAAUCAUGUGCUUAAUCAACAAUGCAUUGAUGAUGAGGAGUCAAACCUCUUGGUUGUUGCAAACUGAGAGACUAGGUUUUAUUUUAUCCUAUGGCUUUCUCUUGCUGGCACAAACAGUUCACUUUAGAAUCUGAUGUUUUGGGAAAAUACUAGCCCUGCUAGUUCUAUCCAAAGAAGAAAGCGGCUGUUUUUAUUAUUUUCAUGCAAAUUGAAACGUCAUCCUAAGAAAAUAAGACACAGAACUUUGGAGCAACA